GCACGGCACGCUAAUCUCAGCACCUGAGAAUAUUUGCUCUUUGCCAUGUGAACAAAAACAGAGUAAAAUAGUUUUUUUUUUAAAUACAAGUGUGUCCUGAUUGGCAGCUGGUUUUGAUAGACUGAGCCUCCUUUAGAUUGAAGAGUAGACAGAGCACCAAAUAAUUUAUCCCCCCCAUUAGUAAGAUUAACAUGCCAUCAGAAAAAUAAUUGCUCUCAGUUGGAAAACUGUCCAACAAAAUGGAUUAUGAAAUUUGAUUGACUGCCAUUGGUCACACAUAUGAGAACCCCAAUUACUCUCAGUUUGAGUGGCAACCUGCUGUAAUUAAUUGACUAAUUAUAUUUACAGAAAAUCUAGCAGAGCAGAGAUUUUCUGCUUUCCGAGUGCCAUCAAAACACGCUGUGGUAAAAUUGAUUGUUAAUAGCGCCUAACUCUCCUGACUUUUCCACUCAAAAAAAAAAAAAAAAACCAUUAAGCUGAGUCCUCACUUGGCCCGGUGCCGCUGAUCAAUACCAUGUAACAUCCAAAAGGGAGAAAUUCAAAAUCAAAGCUGUCGCUAUAGCAACGCCCCUGCCAGAUUCCACCAAUCAAUGGAGCCCGUGGGGUUGCGAGAUGCGCCAGGGAAAGGCCAGCGUCCUACAUAAAGAGUGCGGGACAGGGAGCCGGGCGGCACACACACACACGGGGGCCAACGCACCUUUCUGCUCGCACGAGACAGAGGCGCACAGAAGCCAGAGGAAUAGUCCGAGGAAGAGAGGGGGAUACAGGAAGAUAGUCAGGAGAGAAGAAAUGGUGCGCUCUUUUGAACAAGGGAUCCCAGCCUGGGUCUGUGUGGGCACCCUGCUCCUCUUGAUCCACUCUGUCACAGUUAGAGGAGGUAAGAUAAAAAAAAUAAAAUGUCCUCAGCAGUUGAAAUUGUUUUAUUUUGAAGAGUCAUAUCACUUUUUAAAAAUCUUUUUCUAUAAUUAAUUCUACUUUGUAAAGAAACUGUGUUGUUCUGUUCCACUCCAGCUUCCCUCCAUUCAGCUGGAUGAUAGUAGGGCACAGCAUGAAUGUGUGGCUCGUGCUCAGCCUCAGGGCAGAGCAUGGGUAUUUAUCUAUUCUACUCAUCCUGUCCUCAUCUAUCUGUCUGCUGGGUGCAGGGAGAGACAGGCAGGUCCAUUUACUGCUUGGCUUUGUGCCGGCUCAGUGGUAGAGUGGAAGUAGAAGCAUUGAGGGAGAGCUUUUCUUACUCCUGAAAGAAGAUCUGACUAUAACUGAUUUUUAAACACAGCUAUUAAAGGCCACUUUUCUCUGCUGUCAGAUCAGGUUUUGUAUUCUAUGUGAGUACAGACUUGUUUGAUCCUAUAUUUAGGGACUGUGUGCAGUGUAAAAUGUUUUAUUUAAUGUUUUCAGCUCGACUUAAAGAGACUCUAAGACAUUCAUUAUUCAUAAGUUUUUGAUCUACCACUCUCAGAUGUUUAUUUUUUCAUUUCAGAAUUGGAAAAAAAUAAAUAAAUAUGUAACAGAUACUACUGUGUGAAUUUGGUGAUGAUUUUAUUGGCUACACAGAGUCAUUCGUCAAGAAGCACCCCCACACACUCCACCAUGCUCAGCUGGCUCAGGGUGCUGGCUCGCUAAUUGGAAAAAGGUUACUUUGAAGAGGGGGUGCUUGGUUGUGGUUAAGAAACGAAGACUGUGAAGCUUUCCAGGGAGCCAAGAGGAGUGCUCCCCCAGUGUCUCAUUAAACCCCCAGUAACAAACCAACAAGGCUGCCGAUGGCAGAGUGGAAACAGUAACUUGUCACGCUGAGUCUUUCAUGUGUGCUCCUCCAGUGUGUGCCACUUGUACUCGUGCACAUGAGAGCGCAGAGGAGCAGCCAUCUGCAGUUGCGCCGCAAACUCAGAAUCUCUUCUGAGGACAUGUAAGCAAAGGUUUUCUGAGUCAGCCACCUGGCUUGUGCUCUCUUUCUCUACCAAUUAAAACUAGAAAAAUUGGACGUUGUGCAAGUCUGGUUUUCCCCUGGCACUUUUUAUCAGUUGUGGUUAAGUCAAAGAGUCGCCCUUUUCAGUUACUGCUGCGUCAAAUCUGAGAUGCAAAUGCAUGCAAGUUUUGCCAGAAAUUAGAUUCAGGUUAAAGGUAAAAGAAAAAAAAGGGUAGCAGAUUUCUCCUGCAUUCAGAAAGCGUUCAUUGUGUUGCAUUUAAGUGCAACUUGUCCGCCAUCUUGCUCCAUUUUCCCCACAGCUGCCCUGAAGCAGGAGACAGCGUUGGACAAUGGGGCCACCGUGCUGAAUCACUCCAUGAGUUUGGUGCAGCGCAUGGAGACCCUGCUGGCCAUGGGGAACGGCAGUGACGUCACUCUCCGGGUGCACACCAUCAACACGGAUGAGGUGAAGGUGAUCCAGGCCCACAGCUUGGUUCUCACGCUGCAGAGCGACGUGUUCGAGGAACUGCUGCUGACCCGCAAUAACAGCUAUGUGGUGCUGAGGGAGACGGUGGACUGUGCAGCGGUCUUUGACAAGUUUAUCAGGUGAGGUUAACAAAUGGCAAACAUUUUUAAAGUUUAGAAACUUUUACAGUGUAAGAUAUCGAUCUUCCUCACCAAUUUGCCUCCCUCCUUUGCAGAAAUGAGAAGCUCCAACGUGUUAAGUAUUCUAAAAUUACAUCUGCUGUUUUAGGCUCACAGCUGAAAAACGGACAGUGUGGGUUUAUUGAGUGAGUCACAUGUGAGGAGAGAACACAUGUUUCAAAUAUAGUACGCUUUACUUAGGCAACCUCUUUUCCUCCUGCAGGUAUCUGUACUGCGGUGAUAUCUCCGUUCGACUGGAUCAGGCCAUUUCUCUGCACAAGCUGGCCAGCAAGUAUCAUGUGUGGGGCUUGCAACAAGGUCUGACCCAGUAUAUGACCCAACAUCUGUCAAGUGAGUCUCCCUCCGGCCAUGUGGUAGGCUGGUAUAACUAUGCACUACAAAUUGGGGACGUGGCCCUGCGGGACAGCUGCCUGCAGUACCUGAGCUGGAACCUGUCCUCUGUGCUGCAGAGCGGAGAAUGGAGCUCCAUCAGUGAAGACCUGCUCCUCUCUUUGCUCCAGCGCUCUGACCUCAUUCUGCAGAGUGAGCUGGAGUUGUACGAGGCCGUGGAAGCUUGGAUUAGCCAGAACCAGCCCAUGAGCAAGACCGUGGAAACCGCCCUGAGGGCUAUUCGAUACGGCAUGAUCCCUCCUCAGCAUCUCUUCCGUCUACAGAAGCAAUCAGCCCUCAUGCUGAAACACUACGAGACUGUCCGUGAUCUUCUCUACCUUGCUUUCCAGUUUCACUCCGCCUCACCAAUCCAACUGGCCAAGUACUUCGACGUCAACUGCAGCAUCUUCACCCCCCGAAACUACCUGUCCUCCUCCUGGGGUUCCCCUUGGGUCAUCAACAGCCCAACGCGUGAUGACCGCAGCUACAGCUUCCAGACCCAACUUGGCCCUAGUGGCCACGACUCGAGCAAGAAGGUGACCUGGAACGCCCUGUUCUCCCCUCGCUGGCUCCCACUCAGCGCCAGGUCAACCUAUACCGAGCUUGGAGCCUUGCAGCCUACACGCACAGACGGAGGUCGACCUCGUAUCAUCGUAACACCGGCCACCUCGAGCCCCGACUUUGCCGGGGUGAGCUUCCAGAAGACGGUGAUUGUGAUGGCGAGACAGCAAGGCAAAGUGGUGGUUCGCCACGUCUACAACUUCCACCAAAGCACAGAGGAGGCCGGGGAUUUCCUGCUGGAUGCCGACCUGCAGCGCCGUGCAUCCGAGUACCUGAUUGACAGCUCCCUCUAUCUGCACAUCAUAAUAAAACCGCUCUACCAUACCCUCCUUGUUGCCAGGAAGUAAAGGCAGGAUGCUGGCACGGCCUUACCAUCGAUUAUCCACCAUGCACAAUCGCACAAUUUCACACGCACAUAUUCCAAAGUAAGCUCAUAUCACAGCACAUGUUUAAGCAUCAGGUCUGUGACAUCUCCAUUGUUGAGUAGUUUGUGCAUUUUAUUGUCUUCCAACUGUUUAGCAAGGAGGUGACUGGUACAAAAAAGACUCACAACUCAACCUCUCUGCAGUGUUAAUCACUAUAACGAUGGUGGGUUAAUUAGUAUUUCUGGCUUACUUAGAAAAAAAAAAACUUCACUGUACUGUAAUUUUUUCAGGUUUUUCUCUGUCUGGUAGUUUAUUCCUUGAAUGUCUAAAAUGUGUGUCAUGGUAAAUGUCAUUUGCAUAGUUAAUACGCAUAGUUUCUUUCUGUAGAUCAAAUGUAAUUGUUAUCACUUUAAUGCAUUUCAUAAUUCAGCGCUCACACAUAGGUUUUAGAUCCUUUUUUUUUGUUCAUAGCACUUCUAUCCCACGACACACUUAAGUACUUGUUUGCUGUUUACAUACCAAUAUGUGUAAAUUAAAGGUCAACCCCAUUAUCAGUGUUCCUUUGUUGUUAACUUGUAGGCAUUUUGUAUUUUAUUUCCUUAAUGUCUUUACACAUGCUUCACAUCUAAACAUAAUACACUAGUGUAAUUUUCAUCCUGAAUCAAACAGAAAUUAGCAAUAAAAGAUGAGUACAAAAAAUC